CCCUUUUUGAAUUGCUUCAAUUUUUUGAUGCUUGGUGGCAACUCUUUGUCUUUUCGCUUAGGGUCAAGGCAAACUCUUCUUUCUUUCUUUAAUAAGACUUCGACUUCCAAUAUCAUUUCAUUUUUGCAGAUCCAUAUGGCUUCAAGGAUCCAAGACAAGUUCUCCACUUCAUCACUCACUUAUAAUUCUUACAUCGAACAGACACGAUAGGCAUAUCCUGAGGGCUGAUCCAUAACCUGGCAUUUCAUACGAAAGCUUGUAGCAAUAGAAAUAAGUAGAGAAUGUGCCUGCGGUACAGCUCCUCGAACCUCUUUUUCAAUAUAGCUAAUGCUGAAUCUUGCCCAUUCAAGCUCUUGAUUUUCCCUGUAUUGUAAAAGUCUUUCAUAGUGGAAUAGCUUUUUUUCAUAAAUGGAAGCACUUCAAGCGACUUAUCUGCGAUUGAGACACCUUUUCAAUUUCUGUACAUAAAUUAAUC